UUUUUACCUCCUCCCAUAACAGCUAGCUCUUGUACUCAUUACCCCCCAAAACAACUACAAGUCUACAAGUCUCUUACUUAAGUCUAUAAAUAACAUCAAAUCCAAACCCAUAUAGUCUUAGCAUAAACACAAAAGCACUAUUCUCUCAACUCAUCAUAACAAUGGCCAAUUAUCUCAUUCUCCUAUGCCUUUUAUUAGCCAUGGCUCCUCUUUGCUUCUCCAACAAAUCUGAAGGAGGCCCUCUAUACCCACAAUUCUAUGAUCAUUCUUGUCCUAAACUUGAACAAAUUGUCAAGUCUGUGGUAGCCAAAGCCGUCGCUAAAGAACCUAGAAUGGCUGCCUCUUUGCUUAGGCUCCAUUUCCAUGAUUGUUUUGUCAAGGGGUGUGAUGGUGGAGUGCUGCUAGACAGUAGCGGAAGCAUAAUUAGCGAGAAGAGAUCAAACCCAAACAGGAAUUCAGCUCGAGGGUUUGAGGUUAUUGAUGAGAUUAAGGCUGCGGUUGAAAAAGAAUGCCCUGAAACUGUUUCCUGUGCUGAUAUCUUGGCUAUUACUGCUAGAGAUUCUACUGUUCUUGCCGGAGGACCAUACUGGGAAGUACCACUUGGGAGAAGGGACUCCCUUGAUGCAAGUUUGAGCGGCUCUAACUACAAUAUUCCUGCUCCUAACAACACUUUUCAAACCAUUCUUACCAAGUUUAAGCUUAAGGGUCUUGAUAUUGUUGACUUGGUUGCUCUUUCAGGAAGUCACACAAUUGGGAAUGCAAGGUGCACAAGUUUCAGGCAAAGGCUAUACAAUCAAACUGGAAACGGGAAACCAGACAGCACACUAAAUGCAGCGUAUGCAGCCCAACUGCGCACUCGUUGCCCACAAUCUGGGGGUGACCAGAACUUAUUUGUGUUAGACUAUCAAACCCCUUUCAAGUUUGACAACAGUUACUACAAAAAUUUAUUGGCUUACAAAGGUCUACUUAGUUCUGAUGAAAUUCUUGUCACCCAAAACAAAGAAUCCUUAAAAUUAGUUAAGCUUUAUGCUGAGAACAAUGAGCUCUUCUUUCAGCAUUUUGCGGAGUCUAUGGUUAAGAUGGGAAAUAUUGCUCCUUUGACAGGAUCUAGAGGAGAGAUAAGGAAAAUCUGUAGAAGAAUCAAUCACUAAGCUUCAAUUCCCCAAAUAUGAAUCCAUAUUCCUCUAGUCCUCUCUUUGAAAGAAGUAUGGGUAAUUGUUCGUGAUCUUUCUUACCCAGACCCUGUUUUCAAGCAAGAUAUUGGGUUGAUGAUGAUGGAUUCAUAUAUCGUCUUUUUAAGUCUGAAUUGAUUCUCCUUUAUUAUUGUUAUUCAAAUAUGAACAAUGUUCAUUAUGUGAUUACUAUUCUUGUGUAUUCGUUUGUCAUUGCUAGAGGUGUUCAAUAGGCUGAAUAUCAGAAUUGAUAUCAACUUGUGUAUCUUGUGUUUUAAUAAUAUAUUGUUUGGAGGUAAAUAAAAAAUCAUAUAUUGUUGUAAUUUAGUUAAAUGCUAGUUAGAAAAUGCUUCUAUUUCUAUGUACACAUUGAUAUGAGUGUGAUCAUCAGAAAAUACUUGGAU